AUGUCUGCCCCUGUUACAAGCGCCAUUACACGCACCUACCCGAAAGCCCUUCCAGUCCUGAUAGCAGGCACAUCCGUUCUUGCUGUCGGCACCUAUGUCAAGUCUCAAUUGACCACUGCGUCCAACACCAUGGACCGUUUCUUCUCCACGUACAACACGCCUGAAAGUGAGGCCGCCCGCCGCAAAUCAUUCGAAGGCUACCCCGACACUCGAUCAAAUAUGCUCAAUGUGCUGGGCCGGAAAUAA